UAUGUCACACGUUUGAGGAUGUCUACAGAUUAAAAGAAGAAAUUUUUAAAAAGGGAAACUACUCUAACAACAUUCGACCAAAAUUAAAUCAGUUAGAGCAAACUGAUAUUAAUAUGACCAUGUAUUUAGUUCGAUUGAUUAAACUGGACACUCUUGAGCAAACUCUUACAACGUCAGGAUGGAUGGCUAUAACAUGGAUAAAUGAAAAACUAACAUGGAACCCUGAAGAAUAUGGUGGAAUUACUCACAUUAAUGUCGAACAAAAAGAUAUGUGGAUUCCCGAUUUUUUCGCUUUCAAUUCAAUACAAGCUUACAAAAUGUUCGGAAGUGACGAUCUCAGGACUGUUGUUUCUUAUACUGGUCAUACUACCUGGGAACCCAGUUUUCAUUUAACUACAAGUUGUCUUUUAGAUGUCGUCAGAUUUCCUGUAGAUUACCAGUCUUGCAGCAUACAAAUCGAAUCAUGGACCUUAACUGAUACCGAGAUGAAUGUUCAAGGUGUGAAAAUGAUCACAACGUGUUUUGAGACUUCCAGUGAAGAGUUCGAGGUCAUCGGUAGCAGUGUUACCCAAGAAGCUGAUGAAGUUAAUGGAUGUCAAAAUGAGACGAAUACUAUAUUAAAAUUUUCAAUUCGACUCUGUCGUAAAUCUACGUUUUAUAUGUUAAACGUAGUUGGGCCUAUCGCGACUAUUUCCUUUCUUUGUGGAAUUAGUCUGCUGGUGCCCCCACAGAGUGGAGAAAAGUUAACAGUUUCUAUAACUUCGUUGCUGUCAUUGACGGUAUAUCUGAGUGGUAUUGAUCACCACUUGCCGAAGACCUCCGACAAAAUUGCCUAUUUCGUGAUCUAUGUGACGCUGUUAAUUGGGAUGAGUUUUCUUGGCGUUGUCUGUAAUGCGUUAAGUAUCUGCAUCCACAGCAAAAGUCAACGAUCUGAAGUACCAUUAGCUUUUAAAUUUCUUCUGGCCAGAAAGUAUAACAAUGCUAAGAAUAGCUUGAAAGCCCACACAGAGGAUACAAGAAGUUCAGCGAUGUCAGCCACCAGUGAUAGCUCAUCUUGCUGUGAAAUUUGUGAUGCUGGUACUUGUAACCACUGGCCAGACGUAGCUAGAAUGUUUGACAAAACACUGUUCUUAAUUUUUACCAUUAUUCUAUUUUUAAUCAAUAUCGGAUUCACCCUGGCGUGUCUGAUUUAGCUAUAUUAUACUAGUCCGAAGUCUACUUCUAUAACAUCGGACAUGUCGAUGUAUUUAAUUGGCAACAUUGAUCCUAAAGAAGUACAUUUAUAUUCUUUGGAACCUACAAUGGACAAAAGUUGGGCGUCCAGUAUUUGGUUAACCAAUGUUUUAAAUUUCUAAUCAGUUAUGUAGGGCGAAAUGCGUGAAUGGUCCAAAUCUAAUGCCAGUCUUUCCGCCUUGUUAGUCUAUUAUACAAACUCAUUUUAGUCACUUCUGGAUCUGUCGGAUCGCAUAAUGGAAUCAGGUAUGGUUUUAAAUCUGGUCAUGAAGUCUUCUCAUUACAAAUGAUACACGAAAACACGAUUUUAUAAUGUUCAUUGUAUAUUAAAUAUUGGCUAUCAGGAGCCUAUAUUUUCACUGCAAGAUAACAUCUAUUUUGAUUGAAAUAAAUUGUAUUUCUGUUCUUUAUGUCGAUAAUAUUGAGGUAGGGGUUUAGCGCAUUUAAAUGUUAAGUGUGCUAUCUACUUAGUUAAGCAUCGACUGGUGAUUUUCUUAAUACAUUUAGGGUCAGUCGGUCGAGGAAAAUGGUUAUUAAAUUUCUGUUAAUUUUCGACAACUCUAAUAUUUUUGUCCUCGACAUAUAAUACUGUCGAUCAUAUUAUGCUGUUGUAUAAGAAUAUAACGCUUUCUUAUAGAUACCCUAUACCAUUUUCUUAAAAUUAUGUCGUCGCCCCUGUCCGCAUUUGUUUGUGGACUUAACUUCCACUUCCAACCUUCGGUGAGGGUUUUUACAUUCUCCCGCGUAGGAAUACAGGAACUCGACUUGCUUGUUGUGAUUUGUCCCGGAUAUCCCAUCGAGUCUCGGGAUGCAAAACGUGAAGUUGGGUCUGUUGGUAAUAUCACAACAGAAUUGUCAUAAUUAAUAUUGUCGAGUCAAGUCAAACAAGUAUAAACCUACCUGAGGUGCCAUUAAGGAGCACGUUACACAACUAUGUUAAAAAAUGCAUAUGUGAAAAAUCAGACCGAAUACUAAAGCUAGACGGAACACUAAACGAUAAAACAAACACCGAAUGAGACACUAUACAAUUUAAAAUAUUAAAAACGAUUCCCUAAAUCUACCAGGUAUAACCGAUUACUUCUUUAAUUUAAUUAUGCUAUUUUAUUGUGAACUAUAUAAGAAUAAACACUAUUUGAAUUGUA